GGAGACGGGGGGAGAGAGAGGAAUGGGGAAAUCAACUUUGCAAAGUAGUAUGGGUUUGCUAUUAUCUUCUUCGUUGUCAAGAAACCGAAGCAGAAGCUCUGGUAAUCUGUAAUGGACGCAAAGAUUAUAUAUGCAUAAUCAAAACUUGAUUUUGUAACUUUUUUAAUUUUGAAAAUGAUGUCUCCUGGACAAAUUCCUGAAGAUCGACGAUCUUCUCCUCAUUUCAGACACAUGCCAAUGCAAAUUAUUCAUAUUAUUGGCAAUUUCAUGAGAAUAUGGUCAAUUUAUUCUCUAUACCGGUACUUGUCUCAGACAGGUACUUCUGUUGUUCUUUUUCUAUUCACUUGUCUGGUCCCAUCAUCCAUCCUAUUCCUUGUUUUGCAAAAGCCUUGGAAGGGUAGACCGCUCUCAAAUACACAGGUAGUGCCUUCUAUAAUAAAUGGUGGCAUAACGGCGUUAUACUUCGUUUUAUGGGGAAAGGGUCUUAAAUCAUGUGGACCUCUUAGAGCUAUACUAGCAGAGUAUGCUGGUGCUGUCCUUGGAGUAUUGUCUGCACUGCUAUAUGGGAGGAGAGGACAUGUUUGGAAAAAGAUUGGUGGGCUUAUUGCAAUGGUGACGUCUUUCUACUUCUUAUCCCAAGGAUGGGCCAUGGAAACAUAUUCUCCCUUCUCAUUCAAAGAUGAUCCUGAUCGUGAGGUUGAAACUAAAGAAGUUUUGGGCAUGGCAGCAAUGACUAUUCCAAUAUGCGCCGGAAUCUUAUCAGCGUUGAGGCGGGUGAUUGCACGACGUGUUUCACUCAAGAAUCAACUGAAAAGGCGACUUCAUGCAAUAACUAUAGCUUCUGCAACAUGUUUUCUAUUUCCUGUGGCCAUGUGGGACAUGAUCAUAGGAUCACCUUCAAGUGGCAGUGAAAAGAUGCCAUUCUCUACUUGGGCUUUCUUGAGCACCAUUAUUUUUGGAGUUAUCUUGAUAUUCUAUGUGGACAGCAUGGCAGAGGAAAGAUUACACAUGGUAUUCUCUUCUCCGAGGCAUUUAAUGGUAGCUGGAGGAUGCAUAAUUGUGAUGGAGAUCAUUUACAAGAUGGACUUCUCUCUUGCAGGGUUUCUAAUUUGCUGUCUAAUUUUGGGCUUUGGGAUAUAUGAAGCAACUUCUUUGGAACGAGGUAGGAAAGAUUCUUUUCAAACUUCAGAUAUAUCGAAUGGGAUAUUGGACGAAGAAAUUGAGAUGCCCUCACUUCCAACUUGAAGUAUGUUACCUUUCAUGCUUAUGCAGUUUUGCUUAUGCUCUGUUUUUAUUUAAGUAUUCUUAUUAUAGUACACAUGCAAUGUUGAUCUACUUUUAUUAACAAUAGAAAAUUUUAGCAACAGUUAUGGUCCAAGUUCGAAGUUAUUGUCAAUCGGUUUUAAAAUUGAAAGAGGUGUUUGAAUUUUAAUCAAGCACUAGAGAGGAGUGAUGAAGCCUAGUACUCAAUUCAUUAGAACUAAUGUGUCUGCAGGUUUAACUUAAUUGCUAACCGCACCUCUGUUCAAAUACCCGACCCCCUCUUAAAAAGUAAAACCCAAAAGAAGAUCUAAUGAUGCAUGAAUGUGGCAUGCGGGAGAGUUUUAUGAUUAAAUUUAGCAACAGCUAACUUCUUUAGUAAAUCCUUUGUAAAGUAGUACUUUAAAACUGACUUAAACGCUGUAGACAUUCACAGUGAUUAGUUUAAUGUAAUGGGUUGGUACUAGCCUUUAGAAUUUCUCUUAAACCCAGCCCAUCUUUGUGCUCCCCAAAUAUUAUCACUCUGCAAUAGGUGAAAGUUAUUAUUAUUAUUAUUCUUAUUUUAAUUUUGUUUUCUUUAUGCUGAUUUAAUCAUUUCCUAAAGCUUUUUGCUGGCAGCUUUUGUCAUAUAACAUGUUCAGUAUUUUACUCAAAGGUGUAAUCAUAACUUUCGAAAGGAAAUCAUCGUGGAAUUCAAAGUGAAUUAUUAAUUGUGGAACUGAAAGUAACUAUCAAGUUGUUGAUGAGCCAUGGUGCAUAUUAGGAGAUGAAGCAGUGUUAAAUUAUAGGGGGUUGCUGAAAAUUUCAACUUUGAUAGUUUAGCAUCAUCUGCCAUGCACAUAUACAAGUUCUAACUUGUUUGCCUUUUUGUGAGAAGAUUUUUCUUCAAAUAAUUGUCUUUUAGGAAUUUUUAUGUUUGGCCAUGAGAUGAUAUACUAGUCUAUAACACUUUUCUGAUCAUACUUACUAGUUUGUUGUGAAGUUCAUUUGUUCUAAUAAAAGGUCAAUUUUAUUUU